AUGGCGGUGGAGACCUAUGCAACUCGUCGGCGUUUUCAUCUUGGCACCUGUUCGGGACGACAACCUCUCCUCGUGCCUCCUGCGAACGUGGACAUGGACCUGGACCUGGACAAGAGGAGGGCGCCCUGCAUCCUCGCCGAUCGCUUCUACCUCAACUUGGUCCUGGUGGACGAAAUCUGCCUGCGGUGGACAGCCGUGAUGGUCAAGCCAGGUGAAUGGAAAUGGAUUGAAAAUGGAGUGCCAGGAAAGUGGCCCAAGGAAGCUCGGCAACACCUGUCUGUGAUCGUGAUCUACAGGUGGCCCGAGAUGACCGAGACCUACGUGACAGACCUGUCCGAUCGCGAGAAGGGUGACAUUCUUCGAUGUCACUUGAACCUUGGCCACCCGAACACUCGAGAGUUUGUUCGGCUACUCAAAGCGGCAGGCUCUCGCCAUGAUGUCGCCCAGUAUGUCCUGAGAGAGUUCCAGUGCCCUGGCUGUGUGAAAGAAAGGAAGCCACCUACCAGGUUGCCAGCUGCACACCCCGCACUUGUGACCUGGCUGGCCUUUACGAGGCUCUGGCUUCGGGUGUUUGGAGCUCCCCAGUACCUGAUGUUUGAUGAAGGAAGGGACUUCGCAGCAGCGACCUUUCAGGAUGGUUUGGAGCGACGUGGAAUUAUCCCGUUGGAGGUGGCCCGGAACGCUCCAUUCACGAAUGGAGUGGUGGAGCGACGAGGUGGUCUCGUCAAGGAGGUGUACUAUCGUACUCGAGAAUUGGUGCAACCCACUACCUUGGAAGCGAUCGAGAUCGAUCUUGGUUUUCCAAGUGAGUUGGAGUUUGCAGACCUUGACGAGCCGCAUUGCCAGGUCUUCAAGAUGUCGGUGGUGGACCAGGCCGGCAUCGAGGCCAUCCCCGCUGAGCUUUUGCAACCGAAGCUCGCUUGA